AUGUCCUCAAAAGAAUUGAACGAGAAGCCGUAUGAGGAGAAAUUCUCAUGUACGGUUUUGUAUAGUGGCAGUAAAGAUAACUUUACUGUCAACUUUUCCACUAUCACCCCUAAAAAACCAAACUCUGCCUUACGUAAAGUCGCCAGAGUACGAUUAACCUCUAAAUAUGAAAUCACUGCUUAUAUACCUGGUAUUGACCAUAAUUUACAAGAACAUUCCGUAGUAUUAGUAAGAGGUGGAAGAGUUAAAGAUUUGCCCGGUGUUAAAUAUCACAUAAUUCGAGGAAUCUUAGAUGCUGUCUCAGUAAAAAAUCGUAAACAAGGGCGUUCUAGUGCGUUGUAUAUUCUUAUCUAA